AUGACAAUCAACAAGAGUCAAGGGCAAUCACUUAAAAGUGUUGGAAUUUGUUUGCCGAGUCCUAUGUUCUCACAUGGUCAGUUGUACGUUGCAAUCUCAAGAGUCACUUCAAAACAAGGAUUAGAAAUACUAAUCGUUGAUGGAGAUGAAGAGAAUACUGAUACGACCUCAAAUGUUGUUUAUCACGAAGUCUUUGACUCGGAGACAGGAACCAACAUUCAAACAAGUGAUCAACAGCAGCAGAUUGCAAAACUCUGUGAUUCUCUUUCUCUCCCUGAUAAUGUCCGGUGUAUGGUUCGAAAAUUUCUUGAAUUUACCAUCAUUAAUUACAAGAACUGUACAGAACCUAUAUCAAUACUACAGGAUUUUCAAUUAUCUCUGACCAUUUCCAGUGAAUUGAGUAGCGAAGCAGCUGUUGGAAUGCCCAGCACAGUCAGAAGUACCGAUUAUCCGGAGAAUGCAACUCUGAAUUCUUCUUUGUCAGUGAAUUCCACUGAGUCUCAAGAACAUGUGCAGGUUCAGCCAUUAUCACUUGUAGAGUCCCCUCCUAGUCUAAUUAUUUCAUUACCUGCUACUCAAUCCGACCACUUUUCAAUGGUCACGAAGUUGCAAGAGCAGGCACAGAAGCUGCCUUCUUCAGGGUUCCUAUCUUCCAAUAAGGGUUUCUCUACCUUACCUUCACUGACUGGGGUUGAAGACCGGGUAGUGACCAAUGCAGGUGCUCUCUCCAGCAAGAUUCCUGUCACAUCAACUGUGAUCCAAAAUCCAGCCGUCGAGCAACCUGCCUCGAAUUUGGAAGUUGGUUCUCAAUCACGUCAAGUUGUCUCAAACAUGGCCAUUGAUUCCCUUGUGCCUGGUGGAAUCAGAGCCCGAUCGUCAGAGACAAGAAAUCCUGGUUUGAGGAAUCAUCCUAUUGAAGCUGCACCACAAUCAUCUGUGAUGAAUCUUCCACCUUUGUACCAUAAACCACUUUGUCAUGAAUUAGAAAGGAUUCAGAAAAUAAGAUUACUGCUGAAAUGUAAAUUUCAGAAGGAAAUUGACGAACUUCGCUUGAAGUAUGCUGAACUUCACAAAGAAUGUGAGAGGAGAUUACCGCUGAAAUGGGUAUUUGAGAAUCAAAUUAAGAUACUUUGCAACCGCUAUGGUAUUGAACUGAACAACAUUGAGGUUGAAUUUCAAAGAGCAUCGGAGAGUUAUGACGCACAAUAUAAAAUAGUUCAUGUGCAUAAAAUAUUGGCCGAUGCUAUGAGUGCUAGGUCUAAACUUGAGUUUUUUAGUGCACCUCAAAUGCUGCAAGAUUCGGGUUUAACCCACCAGUCAAGACAGCUAAAUGUGAACUCCAUCUCUUCACCCUCAGGAAAUCGUCAAGUUGGACCGGAGACACAAACCCCUGCAUUGCAUGGUAUGCCAAUUCACCAUGCACAUAGUAAUUCUCCUGCAAGUUCUUCUUCAUUAUCUCGUGGGCUUUCCAGAGCAAUGCCGUCGACUAUCUCUCAAGUUGGUACUCAGGGAGCACGGGGAUCCUACUCUAUCUUCCCAGUAUAUGGGCAUGAAUGUUAA